CAGAGACCUUCACACAUGCUAUCUAGUAGUGUUGUACGUAGCGCAUUUGCUGUAACUUGUUCCAUUCUUUUACCACAGAAGCUGAAAAGGCAGUCAACAAAAUAUAGAUCGGAUAAGAUCUACCCUACAACGACAGCUGAGUGCCCAGAGAACAUCAAGAAGAACAGAUACAAAGACAUCUUGCCCUAUGACCACAGCAGAGUGGAGCUAUCCCUAAUCACAUCAGAUAUAGAUUCUCAUUACAUCAAUGCCAACUUCAUCAAGGGAGUCUAUGGGCCGAGAGCAUACAUUGCAACCCAAGGUCCUCUCCCCACCACUGUCACUGACUUUUGGAGGAUGAUUUGGGAGUAUGAAGUCCUGAUCGUGGUCAUGGCCUGCAUGGAGUUUGAAAUGGGAAAGAAAAAAUGUGAGCGGUACUGGGCAGAGAUGGGCGACCCCUCCCUGCAGUGUGGACCCUUUUCCAUCACCUGUGAAGCUGAAGAAAAGAAAAAUGAAUACGUGAUUAGGACUUUAAAACUGACCCUGAAUGAAGCAGCGCGCACCAUCCACCAAUUCCACUACCAGAACUGGCCUGACCACGACAUUCCCUCUUCCAUUGACCCCAUUCUGGAGCUCAUUGGCGAGGUUCGCUGCUACCAGCCAGAUGACAGCAUCCCCAUCUGCAUCCACUGCAGUGCUGGCUGUGGGAGAACGGGAGUUGUUUGUGCCAUUGACUACACCUGGAAGCUGCUGAAGGAUGGGAUUGUUCCAGUGAACUUCAGUAUAUUCAGUCUGAUCCAGGAGAUGCGCACACAAAGGCCUUCAAUAGUGCAGACCAAGGAGCAGUACAAGCUGGUUUACAAUGCUGUCAUUGAGCUCUUCAAAAGGCAGAUUGAAGCACUGGAUGCCCAGGAAGAUUCUGCUUCUUCACAGGUUCUAACAAAGCAUCCUGUACCCAAGCCACUACUGAGCCCUGCAGAAGAUAUUUAUUCUCUGAGUAGUUUGCUAACCUGCUCGGGACGAGAGGACCACGAUGUGCACCAACACCUUCCUCCAUUGGUACAAAAUGAAGCACCACUGACAUCCCUGUCUGCCACAGCAGCACAGGGCAGCUCUGGGGACAGAGGCCCUUCCAUCAGACCAGCGGUCUCUGUCGGCACUCUGAAUGUUAGCGGCACCAGACACGCAGCUGCUGUCAAGAUGUGGGGUGCAGGAGAAGCCCUUCAGAAGCACCGCAGUUUGCAGUUCAGCAGCAGGUCCUCUGAGCAGCUGCUGCUGGACCUGGGGCUGCAGGGAACAGGCAGGAAAGGGGCCCAUGGCAAAGUACCUCUGGCACGGACCACAUCGAUACCUUUUGUGCUGGCACAGCAAAGAGAAGUCUGGGCUUGUGAUGGAGGGAAUGCAAAGCCCACUUGGAAUUCUCAGUCACCAAAUGCCUGUUGUUCAGGCUUCCAGGUGAAGGAGCAGGACGUAUUUUCCCCUGCUGAGCUGAACCACUCAAGCCAAAUAGCAGACGGUCCCCCUGGCCACAGGAACUGCAGGCAAUGUCCUUACCCUUACUGUUGUUCAGCAGAAGACCCCUACUUCUCUUCACUCUCCCCAGAAGAGCUGCCAUCCCCAGAGCCAUCUGCUGGGCAGGAUGCACAGGGCCCAUCUUGCACGGUGCCCACCUCCCCACCGCUCCGGCCUGCAUCCCACCAUGCUGCCCAGCCAAGCACUGGGAGGACAUCCUCACUGAACAUCCUGCCCCAGACAGAUGACGACGAUCCUCCACCCCUGCCAGAGCGAACUCCUGAGUCCUUUAUUGUGGCCAGUGAAUCAGGAGAACUUCCCCUGGCCACCUCAGAUGUUCAGCUUCCAGCUAGACAUGAAAAUACUGGAACCUCUUUGGAGCAGAGUAGUGUGUCUCCCUCAGUGACGUUUAACGACUCAAUGAGACUGAGACCAAGUAAGAGUUUGAAGCUUCGGAGCCCACACUCAGAGACAAACCGGGAUCGCUCCAGCUCUCCUCCCCCACUUCCUGAAAGAACCCCGGAGUCGUUUGUUCUCGCUGAUGGAGAAAGUCUGCAGCUUCCUGGAAGUUCUACAGCUAGUUCUUGGGACUUCAGUAAUGGAGCUUCUGAAACAUCAUCAAAAGAGCCUGUGAAAUGCUUCAGGAGAAGCAAGAGUUUGAAAAUAUUCAAAAAUGUGAGAAAAAGCGUCUGUAGUCCAUCUUCACUGACAAAACCAUCAGAAUCUGCACCUUCAAAUUAUCUGAGCUCUUUCUUUAAUUUUGGCUUUGCAAGUCGAUUUUCAAAACCGAAAGGAUCAAGAAAUCCACCACCAGCAUGGAACAUUUAGGUAAACCUCGUAGAUUUGGUGUCACAGAGGUGUGAAUACCUUCUGAUAUGCCAGGAGUGCUCAUUUCAGUACGGUUUCCAUCAACAUGAACACACAAAACGUGUUGCAUGAUAUUUGCAAAUGAGGCACUACUUGCACGUUCUUCAACUGAAGUUCUGAAGUACAGAAGCACGUGUAACUACCAGCAGCUGAGCACUUUCAGUUAAAUCACCACAGGAUGGACAUCAAGCCCAAGAACAGAUAUUUUAUCCUAAUGAGCGAUCAAUUUUUGGGAUGUUUACUUCAGAACAAUAGAUUUGAGCUUUCUGAAAGAAAACACUGUGAACUGUGAGUGAUUCCAGUGAGCACUGCUGAAUGGUACAGAGGUCCAAGGAGGGGACCGAACCACCACAAGGAGCUGGGACCUGCAGGCACCGUGUCGCUGUGUUUCCUUCUGUGUUCCCAUCAUUUAAACUGAAAGGGAAUUAAUAUCUCAAACUGUAUACUUUCCCUCACAUUUAACUUUUUUUUUUUCCUCAUCUGAAUCAGAGUAUUUUAACUGUUUUUUGGUUAACAAACAUACUGCAGGACUGCGGACCCUGCAGCCCUCACUAUACAAAAACCCACACAGCGAUCCCAGCGCCCACAACUGACAACUGUUUAUAUUUAAUAUUUUUACAACGCGGGUGAGAGCCAUAUCCAAAUUCGGGAACGGCGUAUUUAAUCUAGGAAGUAUUUUAUGAUGUGUGACAAAUGCUGUGUAAAUAAAUAAAGUUUAUUUAUGGGCCGGGAA